CUUUUACACCUAUACCUUUCACGACGACGAUAACAACGAACCGGACGCUACCUACGUCCACCAGUAACGACCAUGGACGCCGACCUCAUCAAGCUGGUUAACAAGCUCCAGGACACGUUCGCGAACCUUGGAGGUGAACUGGACAUGCCCCAGCUGGCCGUGGUUGGCAGUCAAUCGGCGGGAAAGUCCAGUGUCCUUGAAACUAUCGUCGGCCGGGACUUCCUGCCGCGUGGACAGGGCAUUGUGACACGGCGACCCCUUGUCCUCCAGCUCAUUCACACACCUGUACCAGAGGACGGCUCACAGACAUACACGGAGUGGGGCCAGUUCCUACACAUUGACAAACGAUUCACAGACUUCGACGAAAUUCGCAAGGAGAUUGAACAGGAAACAUACCGGGUUGCUGGUCAAAAUAAGGGUAUCAGCAAACUCCCUAUCCAUCUUCGGAUAUACAGUCCAAACGUCCUCGACCUCACUCUUGUUGACCUACCAGGUUUGACAAAGAUUCCCGUUGGUGAUCAACCAAGUGAUAUCGAACGUCAAAUUCGCAGUCUCGUCCUCGACUACAUCUCCAAACCCAACUGUGUCGUCCUUGCUGUCUCUGCAGCCAAUGUUGACCUUGCCAAUUCCGAAUCCCUCAAACUUGCCCGUUCAGUCGAUCCACAGGGUCGCAGGACCAUCGGUGUCCUCACGAAGCUCGACCUCAUGGACGCAGGAACAAAUGCCUUAGAUAUCCUCACUGGUCGGGUUUACCCAUUGAAGCUAGGCUUCAUUGGCAUCGUGAAUCGCAGCCAGCAAGACAUUAACUCCAAUAAGUCUAUGAUAGACGCUUUGGAGGCUGAAUCUGAGUUCUUCAAGAGUCACCCUGCGUACCGGAAUAUCGCGCACAAGAAUGGUACCAGGUACCUCGCGAGAACCCUUAACCAGGUCCUUAUGAACCACAUUCGCGACAAGUUGCCAGACAUGAAAGCGCGGCUGAACACCCUGAUGGGCCAGGCUCAGCAGGAGCUCAACUCGUUCGGUGAUGCAGCUGUCUAUGGCGACAGUAACCAGCAAGGGGCCCUCAUUCUACGCCUCAUGACCCAGUUUGCGCGCGACUUCGUUUCUUCCAUUGAAGGCACGAACCUCGACAUCUCGACCAAAGAGCUGUCGGGCGGCGCCCGGGUAUAUUACAUUUUCAAUGACGUCUUCGGCCAAGCCCUGAGCUCGAUUAAUGGGACGCACAAUCUCGAUAACCAGGACAUUCGGACUGCCAUCCGUAACUCAACGGGUCCCAGGCCGAGUCUUUUCGUACCGGAGAUCGCAUUUGACCUACUCGUCAAACCCCAGAUCAAACUCCUUGAAGCGCCAAGCUUGCGUUGCGUUGAGCUGGUGUACGAGGAGCUGGUGAAGAUCUGCCAUAAUUGCACUAGCGCAGAGCUGCAACGCUUCCCAAGGCUGCACGCGCAGCUCAUCGAAGUCGUCUCUGAGCUCCUUCGUGAACGCCUUGGCCCUACCACUGAUUACACUCAAAGCCUCAUCGACAUUCAGACCGCAUACAUCAAUACCAACCAUCCCGCAUUCAUCACAGGCUCCGCCAUGGCUGCUCAAGCUGACGCUUCUGCUCCCGCUAAGCACGUGCCGCCUCCAAGACCAUCAUCUACGGAAUCCAUGAACGGUUCCAUGCUUCCCGAAGAGGAUGAAGAAUCUGACGACGCCCAAUCCAUCAAUGGCAAUGGCAUCGUUUCCAAACGGGGCAGCGAUGCUCGGUCUAUCUCUGGACAACACGACCGUACGCGUUCUACACCUGGCGGACCAGCGUCCUUGGCUGGCCCUAUGCGCCACCCCAGUUCUCCCAAACCUUCUCACCACCACCACUCCUCCCGACAUCCGCCACAAGCACCAGCAGGCUCCAACGCGGCAAAGGAGUCCUUCCUCAACUACUUCUUUGGUCAGAAUGGUCCUGGCCCCCUCGCUGCACCAGCAGGCUCCAACGCGGCAAAGGAGUCCUUCCUCAACUACUUCUUUGGUCAGAAUGGUCCUGGCCCCCUCGCUGGUGCUAGCGUUGAGCGGGCAGUGGCUGCCCAAGGCGCUACAGUGAUCACUCCUAUCGGCCGUGAUGUCUCUGGAGGUCAGCCGCCAGCGCAGACGGGCCUUUUGGCGGGCAAGAGGACCCUAGAUGCUGCCAACCAAGGUAGUAACGCUGCGUUCGACAUGAAGAGCCUGGGCAAGCACAUCGAGGCGACGUCAGAGGGUGGCGCACAUCUGACGAUGCGCGAGGAGAUGGAGACGAACCUUAUUCGUUCGCUCAUCCAGUCGUACUUCAACAUCGUCCGGCAGACAAUCCAAGAUUUAGUCCCGAAGGCAAUUAUGCACUUCCUCGUAAACCACACGUCGGAGCACGUGCAAAACCGUCUCGUCGCCUCGCUGUACAAGCCGGACCUGUUCUCGGACUUGCUGAACGAGGAUGAGGCACUGGUUGCUGAGCGUACGCGCGUCAAGGCCCUACUCGACGCAUACAAGGAGGCAUUCAGGACCCUGUCUGAAGUGACACUAAAAUCUACAUAGAUAGAGCACACGAUUAUCCUUAUUUGUGGAUUACACACUUCUGUUGGGAUGUAACGAUCUGUCCUCUGUCUCCCAUGGCGGUGUCUCUGUCGAUCUUGUCGCGACGUUUCUCUUGUGAUAGCUGUAAUCUCUACUAGUUUCGCACUUUACACGGAUGGGCAUGGAAUUGGCAGCCACUUUGCGACGUUUAUGAAAUUGGACCCCAAUCCUCCUCUCUACUGAGGCUGUCGUUGAGUUCGUCAUCGGAACAUACGUCGAGCACCUUUCAGGACUCAGCUGUUGACCCUUGAUUCGCAUGCCAUAAGAGUCCAACAAGUCGUGUGUACAUUUCAUGAACUACCAACCACUCGCCCUUUAUCCAUGCGGAAGUAGCACUGAUACAGUCCUUAGCAGGCUUCUUUGUCUCGUUAGCCAGCGGGUAAUUGUUAGUAGAUAGAGGCGGUGAAGUCAUCGCAAUGUCGGGAACACCAACUCGCAGCGGUUCCUAGAGCUGCCGAAGCCUCCUACAGCUCUCUGAUGACGACAGUCUUGGUGAUCGUAGGCAUAGGGAUGACUUUGUCGUCUGCUAUGGUGUUGCACACGCCCAACUGCAUUCGAAUAUGUCAGCACAUCAGUCAA